GAACCGCAGCGUUGCAUUGUGGGGCGGUAAUGGCGUCCUCCUGUGCGUGAUGUUGACGCAUUUAGCUUUGUGUUUUCAAGUAAUUGUCUUUAUUUUUAUAAUCUGAUCGCAGUGAUGUGUUCAACACUAACGUAGGGGCCUCGGUGAGAGCGGAAGUGAACAGAUCGCCCUGCAGGAUCACAGCCUCUCCGGUGAUAUGGAGGACGACGCGUCCCUGCACAGGUUAGAGGGCAGCGGGCCGGACUCUCAGGUCGGAGGACUGAUCGUGAAGAAGAAAAGCGCUUCGGCGGAGCAGCACGUGUUCCGAGUGCCGGCCCCUCGCACCUCCCUGCUCGGGCUGGAUCUUCUCGCUGCUCAGAAACGCAAAGAGAGGGAAGGGAAGGAGCAGCUGAACUUGGACCUCGAUGACCGAACAGCGAAAAAAUCCAAGGUGUCGUCUUACAGGGACUGGGAGGAGAGCAAAAGUGACUCGGGGUCUGAUGAUGAUGACGAUGAUGAGGAGGAGGAGGAUGAUGAUGAGGAGGAGGAUGAUGAAGACAAGAGGAACGGGAAGAAGGAGAGGCAUUACCGUACGUCAGGGGCAGAAACUCCCUCAAACCCCGGCGGCGUCAGUGAAGAAUUCCGCAGGAAGCAUCAGCAGCGGGAGAGAGACCGGCGAGAGCACGGCGUUUACGCCUCGUCUAAAGAGGACAAAAACAGAGACAAGGACCGAGAGAGAUCCAGAGACAGAAACCGGGAGAGGGACCGAGAGCGGAAAAGUGAUCGAGAUGAACGGGACCGCGGUCGGGGGUCCAGCAGCAGCCGCUCGGAGCACUCGGACGGCAGCGCGAGGAGCGAGCGCUCGCAAAGAGACGGCUGGUCUGAGCGCAUCAGCCGCGGGAGUCGCAGGGACGAACCUCAAACUCCCCGCAAUCGGCCCAGAGACGCUCCGACACCGUCUGCCUCCAGCUGGGACGAAGACGACAGUGGCUACUCUAGCUCACGCCGUUCCCACUGGGAGAGCCCGUCUCCGACCCCCUCGCACCGCGAGACCGAUCGCUCGGAGCGCAGCUCCCGCUCAGGCCGCGACAGCGAGAGGAGAGAAAAGUCAACGCGAGCUCGUUAUCCGGAGGACACGCCUCUUCCCACGCCGUCAUACAAAUACAACGAGUGGGCCAAUGACAGGAAGCAUCUUGGCUCCACGCCUCGUCUGUCCAGAGGGAAAGGUAAAAAGGAGGGCGGCGAGGACGGCAUCAGUUUCGAUAACGAAGACGAGAAGGAGCAGUGGGAAGAAGACCAGAAGCAAGCAGACAGAGACUGGUACAUGAUGGACGAGGGCUACGACGAAUUCCACAACCCUCUGACUUCCAGCUCGGACGAGUACGUGAAGAAGAGAGAGCAGAUUUUGCAGAAGCAGACACAGAAACGCAUUUCUGCACAGAGACGGCAGAUCAACGAGGACAAUGAACGCUGGGAGACGAACCGCAUGUUGACCAGUGGUGUGGUGCAGCGCUUGGAGGUGGACGAGGACUUUGAAGAAGACAACGCAGCAAGGGUCCACCUGCUCGUCCACAACCUCGUCCCUCCUUUCCUAGAUGGCAGGAUUGUCUUCACCAAGCAGCCCGAGCCGGUCAUUCCGGUGAAAGACGCCACUUCCGACAUGGCCAUCAUCUCGCGCAAAGGCAGCCAGCUGGUGCGCAAACACAGAGAGCAGAAGGAGCGCAAGAAGGCUCAGCACAAACACUGGGAGCUCGCUGGGACCAAACUGGGAGACAUCAUGGGCAUCAAGAAAGAGGAAGACGGCUCUGGCGCUAAGCCUGUCGGAGAGGACGGGGCUGUGGACUACAAGACGGAGCAGAAGUUUGCUGAACACAUGAAGGAGAAGAACGAAGCCAGCAGUGAGUUUGCUAAGAGGAAGACACUCCUGGAGCAGAGACAGUAUCUUCCCAUCUUCGCCGUUCGCCAGGAGCUGCUCAACAUCAUCAGAGACAACAGUAUUGUGAUCGUGGUGGGUGAGACGGGCAGCGGGAAGACCACGCAGCUCACGCAGUACCUACACGAGGACGGCUACACCAGCUACGGGAUGGUGGGAUGCACGCAGCCACGCAGAGUUGCAGCCAUGAGCGUGGCCAAGCGAGUGAGCGAGGAGAUGAGCAGCAACCUGGGAGAGGAGGUCGGUUACGCCAUCCGCUUCGAGGACUGCACGUCGGAGAAGACGAUUAUUAAGUACAUGACGGACGGGAUCCUGCUGCGAGAGUCUCUGCGCGAGUCCGAUCUGGACCACUACAGCGCCGUCAUCAUGGACGAAGCGCACGAGCGCUCGCUCAACACGGACGUGCUGUUCGGCCUGCUCCGUGAGGUUGUGUCCAGACGCUCCGACUUGAAGCUCAUCGUCACGUCGGCCACCAUGGACUCGGACAAAUUCGCGGCGUUCUUCGGAAACGUUCCCAUCUUUAACAUUCCUGGAAGGACGUUCCCUGUGGACAUCCUGUUCAGUAAGACUCCUCAGGAGGAUUACGUGGAAGCUGCGGUGAAGCAGGCCUUGCAGAUCCACCUCAGCGGCAUGGCGGGAGAUAUUCUCAUCUUCAUGCCUGGCCAGGAGGACAUCGAGGUGACGUCGGAUCAGAUCGUGGAGAGACUGGAGGAGCUGGAGAACGCUCCUGCACUGGCAGUCCUGCCCAUUUACUCCCAGCUGCCCUCAGACCUGCAGGCCAAGAUCUUCCAGAAGGCUCCAGACGGAGUCAGGAAGUGCAUCGUGGCCACCAACAUCGCCGAGACGUCUCUGACUGUAGACGGGAUCAUGUUUGUUGUGGAUGCUGGAUAUUGCAAACUCAAGGUGUUCAACCCGCGUAUAGGUAUGGACGCGCUGCAGGUUUAUCCCAUCAGCCAGGCUAACGCUAACCAGCGCGCGGGCCGAGCCGGGAGAACCGGGCCGGGCCAGUGCUACAGGUUAUACACUCAGAGCGCCUUCAAGAACGAGAUGUUGACCACCACCAUCCCUGAGAUCCAGCGCACGAACCUGGCUAACGUGGUGCUGCUGCUGAAGUCUCUGGGUGUGCAGGACCUCCUGCUCUUCCACUUCAUGGAUCCUCCACCUGAAGACAACAUGCUCAACUCCAUGUACCAGCUGUGGAUCCUCGGCGCUCUGGACAACACGGGUUCUCUGACACCGACAGGUCGUCUGAUGGUGGAGUUUCCUUUAGACCCAGCUCUGUCUAAGAUGCUGAUCGUGUCCUGUGACAUGGGCUGCAGCGCCGACAUCCUCAUCGUCGUCUCCAUGUUGUCCGUGCCGACCAUCUUCUACAGGCCGAAGGGCCGAGAGGAGGAGAGCGACCAGGUGAGGGAGAAGUUCGCUGUACCCGAGAGCGAUCACCUGACCUACCUCAACGUCUACCUGCAGUGGAAGAAUAACAAUUAUUCCAGCAUCUGGUGCAACGAGCACUUCAUCCACACCAAGGCCAUGCGCAAGGUUCGGGAGGUACGAGCUCAGCUGAAGGACAUCAUGGUGCAGCAGAAGAUGAACCUGACCUCCUGUGGCUCUGACUGGGACGUGAUCAGGAAGUGCAUCUGCGCCGCUUAUUUCCACCAGGCGGCUAAGCUGAAGGGUAUAGGGGAGUACGUGAAUGUGCGCACGGGGAUGCCGUGUCACCUCCACCCCACCAGCUCUCUCUUCGGCAUGGGCUACACCCCCGACUACAUCACCUACCACGAGCUGGUCAUGACCACCAAGGAGUACAUGCAGUGUGUGACGGCGGUGGACGGAGAGUGGCUGGCGGAGCUCGGCCCCAUGUUCUACAGCAUCAAACACGCAGGAAAGAGUCGACAGGAGAAUCGUCGGAGAGCGAAGGAGGAGAUCUCCAACAUGGAGGAGGAGAUGUCUCUGGCCGAACAGCAGCUGCGAGCGAGGAGAGACGAGCAGGAGAAGAGGAACACGCUGGGCAGCACGAGGUCCAUAAAGAUCUGCACCCCAGGCAGGAAAGAGGAAGUUCCCAUGACUCCAAAGCGAACUCCUGCACGCUUCGGCCUUUAGGCCACACCGUGUCGUCCUGCUGUUUUCAGAGCCGGUGAAGGUGUAUAUCCCAGCAUGCACCAGCAGUAGGAGCACUUGCAUCAGAGAAGAGUAGGAGAAAAAGGUGGUGGUGGUGGUGGUGGUCUCCUCAUGGCUUGUAGUUUUACUGCAGAUCUGUUUUUCAUGUUACUCACAUUUCCUUUAAUGUCUGUGAGUCUUUAGGGCCUGUGUAUUACACUUGUUUGCAUACAGAUAAAAAAAAAAAAAAAAGAAGAAAAAACAUAUGCCUUUUAUUUUUUUGUGUGUGUUUUCAAAGCACCGACAGUUGCUUACCAUUUCUAUUUAAAAAAAAAGUUCAACUGUGCUCCGUUUUUGUCCUGUUUAGCUUGGUCUCGGCGCUCUAUACCGACGCUGAGCUUUGUUUUUGCAGUUCGGUGUGUCAGAAACCCUCAGUCGUUUCACACUAUUCAUGAGACGUAUCCACAUCGUUGUAAAUACGCUGAACAUAAAACGUUUUAAAACAGUACAGUGGUCAGACAUUUUUAUGAUAUGAUGGUCAACUACUCAUCAUGUUGUGUGAUUAAAAAUAAACACCAGCCCAUUUCGACGAGACUGUAUCUCCGGAAGGCUCCACUGUGACUCUGGAUGCCCCAAUUUUUUUUUUUUUUAUUUUAAUUAUUAAUUAUUUUUAGCAGCUGUAAAUAUUGGAUCUGCAGUAAAAAAAAAAAAAAAAAAAUGCUGGAAAAAAAAUCCCUGUCAACCAUAAUAAAUGUAAAGGAUUUAAAUGGUCA